AUGGUGCAGGAACUGAGGAAUGAAGUUAAAUUUAAGUUAAUUAUCCAGAGUCAAUCUUUCCUCUGCUAUGGAAUUGGACAAGCCCAGCAUCGUCACAACUUCCUCCUGUUGACUGAGAGCAAGACCAGUGGAGGGAACUCAUCCAACCCAGAGGUUCCUGUGGACCCUUGCUUGCCAACAGGAGCAAGUCAUGAAAUAUCUGAAUUGGACUUGAACGGUCCCUGUACACUCACUGGGGAUAAAAGACCUGAGUUAGCUUCUAUGUCAAAAAUGAGCCAGAGCAAGAUGAAGAAGAUUUUUAAAAAUUACAUGGGAAAAGGAGAUGAUGAAGAUCUGGAAGAAGCCUUGAGAUUAGCAUCAGAAGCUUUAGGAAGCGACACAAAGGUAGCACCUCAGGUUAUCACGGGGUCUAGCAAUGCCAAGGAAUGUGAUCGAAAAAUGGAGCAACUGUUCGAUCUUCAGUUUUGCAAGAAAACAUUCAGAUAUGGUGAUUGCAUGAAUGCCAAGCUGGUUCCUGCUGUGACCGGAGACUUGAUUGCAUUUUCUGGCCUUUUUUACCAUCUGAUGCUGCUGUUACAAGUGAAGUCAGAUUCUAGCUUGGAUGACUACAAGGUUGCUGUUGAUCGUGUGUGCUCAUUGGAGUCAGAAGCCUUAUAUGCUGCCUAUCCUGAUGUGGACAAAGAUAUAGUGGAAGACUUGUGCUUUGAUGGCAUGUAUGUGUACAAACUCCUAACAGUUGGCCUGGGUAUUGACAGCUCAUCAUGGAGUAAUAUAGACUUCAGUCAUCAGGUGAAGGGCAUGGAUAUUGAAUGGCCUUUGGGCUUCAUGCUGAACAAGACCACCAGUUUCCCUCCUGCUCACACAGACCGUCCUCUGACUGCUACCACGUUUUCACUGUUGCUUUUCCUCUUCUCAGCAUUCCUCUUCAGCGGCAUACUCUUCCUACGUCACUCCAUCAAGAUCAGGAAGCACAGUGCCUCUUAUCAAAGGGUAAUUGCAGACCAUUUUGAUCAUGAACUCCGUAGGUUUAUAUGAGGAUAGGAAAACUUCUUGCGGCAUUUUUUAAGAGAUAAAGAGACAUGGACAUUGGUAAAUAUUUGAAGAGAUCAACAGUAAAAGCAUUUUGUUUCCAGAUGAGAUUUUUGGACGCUUCCGAAAUAUUGGAGCUGUCUGCUGGGGGUUGGGGGGUAAUGUGCCUGGUUUUUAACCCCAUUUGUCUUUCGUUUGUGGUAAAUGGAAAUGUUCGUAAAUUUGUUGGAAAACUUUAGUUACUAGACUUCAUAUAUACCUCAUAUAUCCUGUAGGAUUAAAACAUUAGUCUUCUGUAUCUUUCUUUCUCUUGGUCUGUUCUAAUUUUCCUUUUGGUGUUACGUAAAGUAGAUUUUUCUUGUAUGUAGAUAUCUAAAUGCUAUUUCCUUAGGAAUUUGGUUGUUAAGAGUUACUGAAAGUAGAAAUGGAUACCUUCAAAAUCUAUUCUGUUGUGAUAAAUGUCAAUCAAUUCAAAGAUAUGUUUGUCCGAUAUUUCUAUAAAGCGUGUAUUGUAAGGUUUACACACUUUUUGGGGGUUGUGUUCAGCAUGUUUGAUAUGACUUCAUAAUGAUGGUAUUGAGAACAGCUGGUAGAAAUGUAAAAAUUUAUGGUUGUGAAUUUGUGUUCAUAUGUUACAAAAAAAAAUAUUUUUGUUUGUUGGAUUACCAGUCUUUUUCAUGCUGAGAUCACAUUGUAAGUAAAGUCUGGUCUCUUACUAGGAUUAUCAUAAACUUAGUAAGGAAAGUAUAUUAUGAAAUUGAUAUGUAAUGAAGGUAUUUCAUCAUUUACUGUGAAUUUGUAAUUCUACGGAGGUUCAUCAACUCUUUCUUUCUUGUGCAGACAUUUCCCAAAUGUUAAGUAAUUUUGAAUAAAAGAAAUUAUGACGCAAGCUUUAAAAAAAAAUAGCUGUAUUAUAGAACUAUGGCUUAAUUUUACCUGGAAUUAUAGUCACUAACAAUUGAUAAAAGAUAUUGUUAGUUUAGGAAAGGGAGUCUUUAUAGUUACCAAAUAGAGCAUUGUCAUAAAUAUUUUCAUAUAGAAGAAGAUGCUUCUUUGUCAUUGUUUAUUUUGGAAACGUACACUUGAAAUCCAUAAUUCAGUUUAAAAAACCUGUAGGUGUUUUUAUUUAAUGAAAAUAUUUAUUUCCAAGGUACGAAAAUUAAGAUGCAAAGAAUGUAAGCCUAAAGAUAUUCAAAUCAAAGUAAGCUUUAUGAUACAGAAUAUUGAAUUAUGGGUUAUUGAUGUAUGUUUUUGAAAAAAAUUGUAUUAUUGUGAUUUGUAUUAUAGCAUUUGUUUGUAAACUCUUUAAAAAAGAACACACUUCUUGGGUGUCUGUUUACAAAAUCUUAAAAGAACGUUAUCAGUAAAAGUUUAUUUUUCCCUGCAAAAUUAA